UAGUUGCCGUUCAUGCCUAUUCGCUGUUUGUCAAAAUUCCCGUGACAAUUGGAUACCACGUAGUAGUGUGGUAAAUGUUCCAUUUAGUCGCUCUGGGACUUGCAAACUUUGUCUCAACCCGCCCAAGUGCUCUAAUGAUGCCAAUAACUGCUCGACUUUUGUGCAGCCGUUUGGUAGGGAGGAUGGGGAGGAACUUUCUUAUAUUUCCUUCAAUGAAUCCAUUUGCGAAAUGUGCAUGUCAGGAGAAGUAAAUGAGGCGAUGUCCUUGCUCUCACAGAUGGAGGCUUUGGGCUCUCGUCCCAAUUUGAAAUCUUACACCCUCUUGAUAACAGCUCUCGGAAAUGUUGGCAGGACCUUGGAAGCUGAUGCUAUCUUCCAGGAAAUGACGAGUCUUGGAUACAGGCCCAGAGUCAAAGCUUUUAAUGUCUUACUUAGAUGUUUCUUGAGAAAAGGCCUGUCUGGGCUCGCUGAUAAGGUUCUACUUACAUUGGAUGACUUGGGAAUACAAAGAAACAGGGAAACCUAUGAAAUUCUUCUCGAGUACCAUGCACGGGCAAAACGUCUGGAGGAUACGUGGUUAGUCAUUGCUGAAAUGAGGAGAGAGGGAUAUCAUCCAAAUUCUUUUGUGUACAGUAAAGUUAUUGAACUUUACAGGGACAAUGGCAUGUGGAGAAAAGCGACAAGCAUUGUUGGAGAGAUACGGGGUAUGGGUUUGUCCCUAGACAGGAAAAUCUAUAACAGCAUAAUUGACACGUUUUGUAAAUAUGGUGAGUUAGGUGAAGCAGUAGAAGUUUUUAAGACAAUGCAGCUGGAGGGUAUAAUGCCGGACAUCACCACCUGGAACUCUUUGAUUCGGUGGCACUGCAAGUUUGGGGAUGUGUCUAAUGCUCUGGAUAUGUUCAUAAGCAUGCAAGAACAAGGCCUGUAUCCUGAUCCAAAGAUUUUCAUUACCAUUAUUUCCCGUUUGGGAGAACAGGGGAAAUGGGAUGUUAUAAAGAAAACUUCUGAGAAUAUCAAGCAUAGAGGGCACCACAGAAGUGGGGCCAUCUACGCUGUUCUGGCUGAUAUUUAUGGGCAAUAUGGGAGAUUUCAGGAUGCAGACAAUUGCAUAAACGCCCUAAGAUCAGAAGGGGUUAAACUUUCAGCAAGUACUUUUUGCAUCAUAGCAAAUGCUUAUGCGCAACAGGGAUUAUGCGAACAGACCAUUAAGGUUCUGCAGCUUAUGGAAGCAGAAGGAAUAGAACUUAACCUUUUAAUGCUAAAUGUGCUGCUCAACGCAUUUAGCACUGCAGGGAGGCAUUUGGAGGCACUAUCAGUUUUUAACCACAUAAGAGAGACGGGUUUUUGUCCUGAUGUAGUUACCUACAGCACACUUAUGAAGGCUUUUAUAAGGGCUAAAAAGUUUGAUCAGGUUCCUAGUAUAUAUAAAGAAAUGGAGUAUGCUGGAUGUACACCAGAUAGAAAGGCCAGAGAGAUGCUGCAAGCUGCUGAAAUGGUUCUCCAACAAAGGCAUUUGGAGUUUUUAAGUAAUACACCAUGAUAUCUUCUGCACAUGGCAAGCUAUUAUCACUAAUCAGCCCAGCCCUUCUUCUAAGUUCCAAGUCCUAAGUCCUAUCGGUGGCUGCUGCCCAUAGUGCAAAGCCCAGCAGCACUCCAAUAUGUCAUCCUCUGUUGUAGCAGGUGCUUCAUCUUCUUGCUCAGCUGCUUAUGUGAGAAACCUCUCCCUCAAAUCCAACUCCUCAAUUCCAUCUGCAAAUGCAAAGCGAUUAACUUCCCACUCUGAGAAAUUUAGCUUCCAAGGGUGCUCACUUCAAGAGGUCAAAUGGAGCAUCUCGCUUCUUUGAUGGCUGAGAUCACUACUACUAGUACUAGCAGAGAAGUGAGAACAGGUCUUGAGAUU